CCGGGGAGUGACAUGGGAAGAGACUAAUCCGCGGCGCUGACUGGCAGAAGAGAUUGAUCUGCGCACACGUGAUGUAUAAGAUUUUUAAACCUUGGUAACUUUUACGACAUUCAACUGAUUGGAACAAAACUUGGUGCACUCGCAGCACAGGAGAAUUGUGAGUAAACUGGUGAAAAAUCGUAGCGAUAUAUCGCGAACCGUUUUUGUGCAAAUAAAAAAAGUGCAGACCCGUGUGUAUAGAUAGAUAGAUUCCUGAUCCUCUGUAAAAAGUUAUCAUUUUUCUCCUAAUCAGAAGAACGACUUCCCAGCUCCUCGAUCUAUCUAGGGUGCAGAUCUUACAUAGAAACAUAGAAAUUCGGUGCAGGAGUAGGCCAUUCGGCCCUUCGAACCUGCACCGCCAUUCAAUAUGAUCAUGGCUGAUCAUCCAACUCAGUAUCCUGUACCAGCCUUCUCUCCAUACCCCCUGAUCCCUUUAGCCACAAGUGCCACAUCUAACUCCCUCUUAAAUAUAGCCAAUGAACUGGCCUCAACGACCCUCUGUGGCAGAGAAUUCCAGAGAUACCAGGUGAGGCAGGUUCUUGAAGUGUUGAUUUUCAGAAUUAACGUAAAAAAUGUCUCUCACAAAUGUGCACUUGGCAGGAAUUGUCGCACACGUGUCAGUGACCAGAAUCAAUGGUAAACAUUGAACAGUGCCUGCCGGGCUGUCCCUGGACACUCCCAGAAGCUGCAUUUUUGCUGUUGUUCUUCGCGUCCUUGAACAGUUGACAAGUACGUGUGAGAUCCAGUCUUAAAAUCUUUACAAAACAACUAAACAUAACAUCUUACGUCAAUGCAUCUGUUCAAUUCCUGGAUGGCAACCCCGUGCGACAUGUUUAAUUCCAUCUACUUCCAGCCCGGAUUUAGAAACCUACAACACAAGCUGGCCAGAAGACAACAACACCGGAUUUAGGAAACUGACCCGGUGAAAAACAUGUGGGCAUCCUACUGAUAAAAAGCCCACUGUCACGCCGCACUUCAGGAUCACACUCGGCCCAGGUGUAAGGUGGCAACACAGUGCAAACAUGUCGCAUGCUAGUGAGCGUUUGCUGCUGCUGGUUUUCAUUAGCACCGUGGAAGGGUUCACGCUGAGAUAUGCAGUCGACUGCUCCUACUCUUGUGACCGGACCACCGCUUGUCCCAACACUGCGGGCUGCAAGAGGACAGUGCUGGAUGACUGCGGCUGCUGCCAUGUGUGUGCAGCCGGCAGGGGCGAGGUGUGUUACCGCACCGUGGCCGGGAUGGACGGGGUUAAAUGCGGGCCCGGACUAACGUGCGUCUUUAACAGCGAGGAGGACGACUUUGGAGACGAGUAUGGCAUGUGCAAAGAUUGUCCCUUUGGAACCUACGGGUUAGAAUGCAGGAAAGUCUGCAAGUGUCUGUUCGGGAUCUGUAACAGAGUGAACGGCCAAUGCACGAAGUUUCUGUUUUCUCAAAUCCCUGAGGCAAAACCUGGAAUCCGGAGGAAAUCUGCGUCUCCGUCAGGAAACGAGCAAGGAUCGGGCUUCAGCAACGAUGAUUUGAAGUCGACUGUGCUCAGAGAUAAAACGAACAGUUCGAUUGGAGAUAAACGGCAGCCCCCACGCUGAUGUUCGUCUGGAUUUCUGUUCGGCGCGAUUGUGAUUCACCAUUCACCAUUAUGGCGGCAACUUCUUUCGUCGAACAACCAAUAUGUGUCGUAUUUAAGUAUGUCUUUGUGGACAUUGCAAAUGUUUGUAUAGAAGUACUAUUUUUUUGUAUAAUUGACAUUCUUGAUUUAUUACAUUUUGUAAAAAAAAGUGCCUUAUCAAAAAUGUUAAAGCCUUCAAAUUCAAUGGUAGCUUUUGGAAAACCCAGGCAAACACUAUGUUCUAACAACAGGAGAGAUAUGGUGGUGAAUGAACUCCAGCUGCUGUUGAGGACACCAUGCUACAUUCCAAUGAUAUCUGAAAUAGACCAAGAAUUAUUUUGUAGACAUUUGCCCUAUACUACAAAAACAAAAAUACUUCAUAUUUCCUUCACUUCUACUCUGGUGCCAAAUACUAAUCUCUUCAAUGAACCUUAAGGAAUCAACGAAGCCCAGGUCAGACUUGAGUAUUUAAUUAUAAUGUGGUAGAGCUUCUCUAGCAAACCUAAUUCUUAAAAAGAUGGAAGAAUAACUAAGCAUUUGACAGAUCUAUCACUUUGAACUUCUCUGUCCAACUCUUAUAACAUUAUUUCAUGCAAAUUUUCAUGUUCAAUACUGCUUUGAACUUUACUUGCUUAAAAAAAUAACAAAAAGGAGUUUACGGAUCAAAUGAUCCUUGAACAUCAUUCAGUGAAGUCACAACUGAUCUGAAUUUGCUAUCAACACUAUCAUUUUUCCAUUUUGAGUUAUUUUUCAUUUAGGUUUUGAAUGAUUUACAGAUACAGCAUGGAAACAGGCCACUAGUCCCAGUGACCAUGCUGUCCAUUUAUCAUCCAUUCCCACUAGUUCUAUGUUUUCCUACUUUCUCAUCCGCUCCCGACACACAAGGGGCAAUUUACAGUGGCUGUCUUUGGGAUAUGGGAGGAAACCGGAACACCUGGAGGAAACAUAUGGUCACAGAGAGAAUGUACAACACAGACAGCAUCCCAGGUCAGGAGCGAACCCAGGUCUCUGGCAUUGUUUUAAACCCAUGCCUUUUCCCUCUUUCUAAUAUUUCAAUCAAAUUGAAAUAAAAAUGUUGUUAUAUAUUUCCUAUCCUUCUUCUAACAUUCUUUAUCUUUACCUCACACAAUAUUUCAGUUUUUUUAAAUUUCCUAUCCAAUUCAGUUUUACAUAAGAACACAAGUAAUAAUUAACAAGUGCAAGAAAUAACCACAUAUGGACCCUCAACCCCAGUCCUCCAUUCAAUAGGAUUCUGAAAUUGUACAUUUACUUCCUACACACUGCUAAUUUUUCUUGAAAAAGUGUGAGGAAUCAAAGCUUCAUUGUGAAAAUCCCAAUCAACCAGGCCCUUUAGCUGUGGCAAUGUCCAUUAUUCCAAACUCUCCCAGCCUAUAGAAACAAUCUUGUAGCAUUAAUCCUUUUCAGAAUUUCAUAUUUUUUCAUUGAGAGGACCCCACAUUUUUUUGAACUUCAGCUGGCGUGGGUUGCAUUUCUUCAAUCUCCUUUUAGUUCUCUCGACCAACCAAUCUGUUUACAAUUAUUGCAUAGAUUCCAAGGCAAAUAUUUUCUUCUAUGAAAAUCAAAACUGCACAUCCUAUUCCAGGUUCCUCGUUUUAAUAAUGAAGCACAGUUGCAAUUAAGCCUAAUAUAAUAUUUACCACAUUAAUUGCUUACUGUAAAAAGAUUUUAUCUUUUUGCACUUCAAAAACACUGAAAGUCAAUGUUUACCAGUUUUUCACCAUCUAACAAUAAUCUAUUCUUCAUUCAAAAGUGUAGCAAAUCACAUCUUCCUAUGCUAUAAUCUUUUAUUCACUGUUAUUUUUUAAUGCAUGCAACUACAACAUGAAACUGAUGCAAAUAUUUUGGUGUUGCAUGACCUUUAGAACUGAAAGAUGAGUAUCAAUUCAGAUCUAUUCUGUGGAGGUAUGUAAUUUAGAAAUAAAAUAUUAAAGCUAUUUAAGGUGUAUUUUUCUCAUGAUUCUGAAUUCCUUUUGGGUAUGCUGCUUCUCAGAGAAUGUAAGACUUUUUCAGGCCGUGUGCCAGACUAGCUACAUUAUGUCCCAAUGUGUUUCAAGUAAUUUAGUUUAGUUUAGAGAUACAGCAUGGAAACAGGCCCUUCGGCCCACGCCAACCAGUGAUCCCCGCACAUUACCACUAUCCUACACCCACUAGGGACAUUAUUUACAUUUACCAAGCCAAUUAACCUACAAACCCAUGCAGAUGACGGGGGGAAUGUACAAAUUCUGUACAGACAGCACCGGUAAUCGGGAUUGAACCCGGGUCUCGGCGCUGCAUUCGCUGUAAGGCAACUCUACCGCUGCGCCACCACCACCGUAAUAAAUAGAACAAAAUUACCAACAACAAGAUAGAGACAAAAUACUGGAGUAACUCAACAGCUCAGGAAGCAUCUCUGGAGAAAAGGAAUAAGUGACCCUUCUUCAGACUGAGAGUCAGGGGAGAAGGAAACUUUCCUCCCACAUUCCAAAACCCUGCAGGUAUGUAAGUUAAUUGGCUUCUGUAAAUUGUCACUAGUGUGUAGAGUCAAACUCUAGUGUACAAUCGAUGGUCGGCAUGGACUUGAUGGGACGAGGGGGCUGUUUUCAUGCUGUGUUUCUAAAACUAAAAACUAUACGAUAACCUAAUUCUAACCCUAAAGGAUAGCACAGUACUACCCUUUUUACAGACUUCUCGUAAAAAUAAUUGAGCUGAAAUGACAUACGUGAAAGUAAUUUCACUCUGAAACUAUUACUCUUAAUUACAUUGUUAAAGUAAAAUGCAAUAGUAUAUCAAGCUACUUUUAGUACUUGCAAACAAUUUUUCCCCAAAAUCAAACUGUUCAGUUCAAUGAAAUAAUGGAUUUUAUGUAUUUUUAGUUGUUUUUUUUAUCUUGGCUUCUAUUUUAAUCUUGUAUGUAUUCCAUAAACCGAACAAACCAGCCUUUAAUUAAAAUAUAUAUUAAAAGAUACAAAUAAAUUGUCGAGAAAUUAAUGCAGCAAUUUAGUUAGUCACAGAAGGAUUUUCUAGAACUGUGAAAAUCAUACUGGGAAUUAAAGCAAAGGUUUAAAUACUGCUGAUCAAUCCCAGUGUGGUCCUGGCCCACCUGCUAGGAUGUUGCCAGGAUUGCCAGUGGUGUGGGCUGUCUCGGACAAUCAACUAGGACAAUGAACUUGAGGAAAUGCUCCGUGUUCAUCACUAGAUUGAGGGGAAGACAAUUUGAAGCUGCAGGUAAGAAAAUGCCAGCAAUGUCAACAAUACCAGUUGUGCCAGCAUAAUUCUGGAAGUCUUGCCCGUGUGUGAUCUUGAUUUAAGACCUGCCCCAAGGCAGAACAAUCCAGAUAGGUUCAUUGAUUGGUUGUAAGAUGCAGCAUGGAAACAGAACCUAUGUCCCACUAAUUCCAUGCUGCCCAUUCACACUAAUUUUGUUAUUCCAAUUUCACAUUCACUCCCUCCACACUGGAGGCAAUUUACAAAGGCCAAUUAACCUACAAACCUGCAUGUCUUUGGAAUGUGGGAAGAAACCGGAUCACCUGAAGGAAACCCACACGGUCACAGAACAACCGUGCAAAUUCCACACAGACAGCACCUGAGGUCAGGAUCAGAGAUCAGGGUCUAGGCCUCUGGUGGUGUAAGGCUGCAGCUUUACCAGAUAGGACAUGAGGUGAAAUCUCUUCUCACUAAUCCUUUAACAAUUCAAUAAUCUUGAUUCCUAACAUAUUGUUAAUUCAAUUUUUAAAGCUUGUGUUUGGAAUUGCAGAACCAAACACAAGAAAAGCCUUACUUUCAAAUCAAAACCUGAAGAUACAAGCAAAUGCAAUGGAGAAAAAUGGGAUGUGUAUAUGAUGGUGCUGGCUAAAUGUAAAGAAAGUACCCGGCAUGCAUGGUAUUUUGUUAUUUCAGUUAGUCACAUGGUUAAAGACAUAGUGACAUCUAGAGAUGUAAACUAUACACUAUUUGCAGUAUUUCUUCAGCUUCACAUCAUUGUUUGAACCACCUGGGCUCUGAAAUAAUAAUUAAAUGCUGAAAUUACUAGAAACCCAGCAAUAUCCAAGGAUAAUUUAGCUUUUAAUAAUUACCAGAACAAGUGGGACCCGUUGGGUCCUGUUCCCCAACGC